GCAGAGAAGAUAAAGCUUAUAUGGCCUCUUCAGGAUUUCAAGUUGAUGUGAGAGCUUUGCAAAAGGUUUUGGCAGCUAGACACUUGACUGAUCAGUAUCAACAUAAUAUGCAGAUGAGUUGCCCUGCUAUGGCUCAGUUGCUUUCUAACACACUCUACUACAAACGCUUCUUUCCUUAUUACGCAUUCAAUGUGUUGGAUGGUCUUGACAGUGAAGGAAAGGGGUGUGUAUUCACGUAUGAUGUCGUUGGAUCUUAUGAGAGAGUUGGAUAUAGUGCUCAAGGGUCUGGUUCUACACUCAUUAUGCCAUUCUUGAACAAUCAACUAAAGUCGCCACGCCCCCUUUUACUACCUGCUCAGGAUGUUGUUACUCCUCUCUCAGAAGCAGAAGUCAUUGAUUUGGGGAAGACUUGUUUUGCUUCUGCCACAGAAAGGGAUAUUAUUAUUGUCGUGUACAUGUUAUAA